GGUUACCACAGUAGUCAUGACCAAGCUGAAGUGCAAGUCUCUCCGCGGCGAGAAGAAGGAUGCCCUUCAAAAGAAACUCGACGAGCAAAAGACCGAGCUUGCCACUCUCCGUGUCUCGAAGGUCACUGGAGGAGCUGCCUCUAAGCUCUCCAAGAUUCGCGUUGUCCGCAAGAACAUCGCCAGACUCUUGACUGUCAUCAACCAGACCCAAAAGCAAGAGCUCCGCAAGUUCUACGCUGACCACAAGUACAAGCCAAUUGAUCUUCGCCUCAAGAAGACCCGCGCCAUCCGCAGAAGACUGACCGCUCACGAGCUUUCCCUCCGAUCUGCCAAGCAACAGGCUAAGUCUCGCAAUCAAGCCGUCAGAAAGUUCGCAGUCAAGGCUUAAGUGGCUUGUAUUCAUUGUUAUCCAUUCAUGGACAUUGUUCUGGUUCAAUUUCAAUGAAAAUUGUUGCUUAUG